UGUUGUUUAUAAAUGUUAGAAAUGGAUUUGAUUCAUGAUCUAAUGGACAUUUUUGUCCCUGUUCUGUUCUUCAUCACACUCCCCAUCUUGUUGCCCUUCUUAGUAAUUUACAAGGCUUUGAAUUUCAUAUCAGGAUUCUUACUAAAGGAGAAACUCGCCGGAAAAGUGGUCCUCAUCACCGGCGCCUCUUCCGGCAUAGGAGAGGAAUUGGCAUACGAGUAUGCUAGAAAAGGAUCUUGUCUCGUGCUGGUUGGAAGACGGGAGAAUCUCCUCCGAAAGGUGGAAGAGAAAUCGAGACAGCUCGGUUCCCCUAAUGUUCAUGUGGUGCGUGCCGAUGUUUCAAAACCCGAAGAUUGCAAGCGUUCAAUUCGAGAGACGGUUGACCUAUUUGGUAGAUUGGACCAUCUUGUGAACAAUGCAGGGAUACUUUAUGUUUCCUUGUUUGAAGAAUGCAAUAACCUUGAAACUCUUACAUCACUAAUGGACGUAAACUUUUGGGGAUCGGCUUAUUGCACUUACUUUGCGAUUCCACACUUGAGGAAAACCAAAGGGAAGAUUAUUGUAAAUGCUUCUUGUGCUGGUUGGACCCCAAUACCAACCCUAUCCACUUACGGGGCAACUAAAGGGGCAAUCAUAAGCUUCUAUGAGGCUCUUAGAGCAGAGAUUGGUUCUGAUAUCGGGAUAACUAUACUGACGCCAGGACUCGUAUCCUCAGAUAUGACAACAUCUGAACAUUUUUGCGCAAAUGUAAAGGCAAUGGCGGCUUGUAGCCCAUCUGAAUCGAGAGAAAGGUGCGCAAAGGCCAUUGUUAGGAGGGUUUGUAGCGGGGAAAGAUUUGUGAUUGAGCCCGCAUGGAUGAGGUGGUUUUUCUAUUUGAACUUGAUGUUUCCACAACUUAUCGAGUGGGGCAACCAACUAUGUGCCGCUCUAUUGACUAGGGAACCAAGGAAAACAAACAAAAAUGUUGUCUUUGUCAACUCAAAUGGUCCCUUGAAGGUGGAUUAGGUCAAACAUGGAACAUGAAGGAGCUAGCUAGAGCUUCACAAGACCACCUCUAGCUAUACUUUUAUUUAAUAAGAAAUGUUGGAGUUCAAACUUAUUUUCUAUACUUUUAAUUAUUGGAAGGUCUUUGUUUUUGAUACUUUUCAACUCUACUUUUAUUGGGAUCUUAAGUUGAUUUUCAUUUGAAACAUAGAAAUUAAUGCCA